UCUUUCGAAAUAGUUUAACAGAGCGGUUUAUUUUUAUUUUUUGUCAGACAGACCAGUAAGAUGUUAAUCUCCUAUAAGGAAGUAAGUUAGAGACAGUCUAUACAGUGAUGAUGUUUGGUAAAAUCACAACUAAGUGAAACUAGCCAACUUAUUGUAAAGUGAGUGACCAUCAUCUAAUAGCAUUAAGAAUUCUACUUUCCAGACAAAACAUGAUAAAAGAGGGAGGUUCUUCGCUUGUGGGUGAAGUUACAUAAUGUAUUUAGUCCAAAAACUCAGAGUCAGACUGUAAAGGAAGGUGCAGCCACUGAAGACACUUGAACCAUCCAAAACUUAAAAGCUGGUAUUUAAAGAAAAGAUUUGAUAAUAUUUACUGAACUCACAGAAAAAAGAAAAAAAAAGCAUCAAUAUGUUUCUUGGAAACCAUGUUGUCGUGGGACUGUGUCUCAUUUUCUGUGAAACAUGUAUUUCUGCAGCAGGAGAACAUGUAGCUAACUGCUCUGCACAGAAUUACCCCACCGCUCCAUGUGCAUUUCCAUCAGACACAAUGACCCUGGACUUGUCUCACAAUAGCAUGGAAACAAUCCUUCGACGGGAUUUCUCAGGUGUCAGAGGACUGAGGAAGCUCUAUCUACAGUUUAAUCAAAUCAGUUCUGUAGAUCCUGAGGCUUUUCAAGACAACCUAGAGCUGGAGUAUCUGGACGUUUCAAACAACAAGAUACGUGAUAUUUCCGCCUUGCCCUUUAGAAACCUGCCAGCUCUGAAUCACCUGGAUAUCACCAACAACAUUGACACAGACAUUAUCUUAGGACCUCAAUUUAGCAGCCUUCAAAACCUCCAGACCCUGAAGCUUGGCAAUCCUCAGAUUUCUUCCUUAAGAGAAAACAGCUUCCAAAAACUUGUCGGCCUCCCUCUAAAGGAAUUCCAUCUUAUUACAGGCGACUUCACGGAAUACGAGCACUCUUUGAAACCCCUCGAUGGACUCGAGAAGAUCACUCUGGAGGUAAACAUGUGGCAGAAUUUAGAACUAUUCAUAUCUAUGUUUAAAGACAUUGUGAAUUCUACCAAAACAUUAGAAGUCAAGAACCUUGAUUUUGCCAGAAGAGAAAAGUUUAUCUUUUUAGAUUUUUUUUUGGAAACCUCACAACUGAUAUCUCUUGCUUUCUAUAAUAUAUCAUCAACUGGUAAUUAUUCUUCGUUUUUACUUAAUAGUGUUGUGAGGUCAAAGAUUGAAGUGCUAACACUUGAUAAUGUUAAGUUAAAUGUUGGAGAUUGGAGGGUGCAGAUCUCACCCCAGCAACAAAUGCAUUUGCGGAGCUGGUUUGUUAAAAACACAGUAAAUCUUAACAGCAUUGAGAACCCUGAAAGCAUGAUUAACAUUUAUAGAUCACUUGUCCAUAUUGCCCUUGUAAAUUGUAAAGUUUAUUUCAUACCAUGUAUAUUAUUAGAGUCUAUGGCACUAGUAGAGUCAGCAGAUCUAUCUUCCAAUUUCUUUCGAGAAUAUUCGUUGUUUCCACCCUGCCUCAGACCGUUUCCUUCUUUGCGUUCAUUAGUGAUUAAUAACAAUAAAUUUGAAGACUUACAGAAACUUAGCAUCAGAACAUCUAAUUUAAAGCAACUGGUGAACAUGUCUGCUAGCUACAACACAAUAAGUGUGCGGUCCAGUGAAGCAUGCCUUUGGACAGAAAGCCUAAGAAUUUUGAACUUGAAAGGCAAUGUCCUCCAGAGUAAUGUCUUUGACUGCCUCCCUGCCUCAUUAGAGAUCCUGGAUUUGAGCCUCAACAACAUCACUGUAGUUUCUAAUAUUGAAAAGAUGAGAAACUUAAAAGAGCUCUACUUGACUGGUAACCAGAUAUUCUCCUUACGUCUGUCCCCCUUGCCCACUUUGAGAGUCCUGCAUGCUGAUGAGAACAAAAUAAGUCAUGUCACCACGAGUAUGCUCAAAGAUUUAACCCUCGCUGAACUAACACUUAGCAAAAACCCUUUUGAAUGUGACUGUGAUAUACAAGAUACCGCCUAUUAUUUCCAAAGCAUGCAAGCCAAAGUUAUUGAUUGGCCAGAGAAGUACAGAUGCUUAUUACCGAACAGCCUGAGGGGUGCAGAAAUCCGUCAUGUGUCGAUAUCAGGGGCACAGUGUAACCUGGGUGUGAUUAGUGGUGUACUUAUUGCCUGCAUACUCCUUGCUGCCAUCUUAUCUGUUUUCCUUUGCCGAAAAUAUAAUAAAGACAUGAGCAUAAGAACCAGGGCCCGCCGUGUUUAUCGACAGAUCUCCAUUUGCAAUCAAACUCAACCAGAAAUGCCAUUAGAGAACAUGUGAUAACUUAAAAUUAUAUAUAUCAGUUCUGAUAAUAAUGAAAGUGGAUAAUCUCAUCUGAAUUGAAACCGUAGCAUUAAUUCUGAAAGUUCAUAUAAAUCAAAACAAGCUGUUUUCAUGAAAAAAAAUAGGUUACGCAUGUACAGUAAAGUAGAAGGAACAGCAUAAGUGAAAUCACCACAAGUUUUAAACCAUACUAAAUGAACUGGGAUAUUGAGGUGGCUCAAUAGCCUUUUCCAAUAUAGAGCUCCUCUUGGUACAUGUUGAUGUGUUUUUCUUACUUACUCUCUUGCUCUGAAAGUGGGUAGCUUGAAAAUUAUUUAAAACUAACUUGUAGGGGAUGUUUUUUUUUAAUCUAUAUUAUAUGUUGUC